CCGUGGCGCGCUUUUCUUUUGCCCCCAGCCCGGAGACUUUCAGGGGAAUAUGCUCAGACACUUUGCGCCUGUCGUGUUUGGACUGCGCGGGGCUAAGCCGUGAUGAGGAGGGAAUUAAACAGCGGUGAAACGCCAGACGGAGACAGCGAAAGCUAAAGAGCUCAUCAUCCCACCAGCAGCGGACGGUGGUGAGCGACCGCAGCCCGGAGCGGACAAUUCAAGCUCUGCGUCCCCUCUGAUUCCUCCCACACUUUUCUCCUCCCCCCCACCCCUCGAUCCCCUUGUUGUCAUCUCUCUUGCCUCUACAUGUGAUUCCUUCUGUCUCAUUUGUCUUUUGCCUUCCUGAUCUACCUCUUCACAUCCUCUCCCUCUCUCUCCUGCUCGUCCUUUCCUCCCUCCCUCCCUCCCUCCCUCCCUCUCCUCUGGCAGGCUGCUCAUUGCGGUGAGUCAGUAUCAUGGAGGCAGGCAGCGGGGCUGCCGCAGCGGUGGGGAGUGCAGCACUGGGACUGCUGGGAGCCACAGCCACGUCCAGCCAUGACAUCCUGGACAGGAGCCUGAGGCCAGGACGCCACAUAGAGGACGAUAACAUCGUGCCUGAACUCGCUCACAUCCAUCCCAGAGAGAGACCCGACUGGGAGGAGACCAUCAGUGCCAUGGCACGAAGUGCGGAGAUUCCUGAGCUAAGGGCGGAGCCCCUCAUGCGCUCCAGCAGCAGCAGUACGGCCAGCAUGAAGGUCAAAAAUGUCAAGAAACUUUCCUUCACCAAGGGACACUUCCCAAAACUGGCUGAGUGUGCCCACUUCCACUAUGAAAACGUUGAUUUUGGAACAAUCCAGCUGACCCUGGGAGAUGAGCAGUGUGAAGUGACCCGGAACGGUUACGAGUCCAAAGAGCUGGUGUACUUGGUUCAUAUCUACUGCCAGGGCCGGAGCUGGAUUGUGAAGCGCAGCUAUGAGGAUUUCCGUGUUCUGGACAAACAUCUGCAUCUCUGCAUCUACGACCGGCGCUUCUCCCAGCUGCCUGAGCUGCCCCGAUUGGACAGUCUGACUGACCAAUCAGAG